UUGUCUUAGAAUUACCAGUAAUUUCUUUCCCGUAUUCUCUCUCAAUGUCCUUCUCGGAUCUGCCGGCUUUAACUCGCAGCGGCUUGUCUCUGUGCUCUGUUCCGUCACAGAGGAAGAAUCUUCGCCGGACGAGAACGCUGAGGAAACCCAGAAGUCCAAUCCGCCGGCUUUAACUCGCGGUGGCUUGUUUCCGUGUUGAAUUGUUAGCUAUUUUUCACCAUCCUCUAUAUUAAACAAGCUUCUAUGUUCUCUGUUUUCAGAAAGUCGCAGGGAGGAAUGGAGGAUCAUAAAGGGUAAACUUUGCAGAGAAAGGUUCUACCGUUGAACAUAGUAAAACCCACAAAGCACCAUGAUUAAGAAGCUAAGCAAUAUGAAUUACAACCAAAAACGGGAGAGAUGUGGCCAGUACAUCGAAGCCCUUGAAGAAGAACGUCGCAAGAUUCAUGUCUUCCAACGUGAACUUCCUCUUUGCUUAGACCUUGUAACUCAAGCGAUCGAGGCAUGUAAAAGAGAGGUACCGGAGACCACGGUGGAGAAUGCGUACGGACAACCGGAGUGCUCGGAGCAGACAACCGGAGAAUGUGGGCCCGUCUUGGAGCAGUUUCUAACCAUUAAAGACUCAUCAACAUCCAACGAAGAAGAACAAGAAGAAGAGGAUGAUGAGUUGGACGAUGAACACGGAAAUCACGAUCCCGACAAAGAUUCCGAGGACAAGAACAUGAAAUCUGAUUGGCUCAAGUCUGUUCAGCUCUGGAACCAACCCGACCCUCUUCUUCUAAAAGAGGAGCGCUCUCAACGGGAGAUGAUGGAGACAGUGGUGAAUAGAGACGAGAGUAUGAGAAAAGAUCCGGCGACGAGCGGUGGCGAUGGAAGGAAGAGAGAGGCGGAGAAAGACGGAGGAGGAAGAAAGCAAAGAAGGUGUUGGUCGUCGCAGUUGCAUAGACGCUUCUUGAACGCUCUUCAACACUUAGGUGGACCUCAUGUAGCUACGCCAAAGCAGAUCAGGGAGUUAAUGAAGGUUGAUGGAUUAACCAAUGAUGAAGUUAAAAGCCAUUUACAGAAAUAUAGACUGCAUACAAGAAGACCAAGCCAACCAGCUCCUAAUAGCGGAAACUCUCAAACGCAACAUUUCGUAGUCGUCGGAGGUUUAUGGGUCCCACAAUCUGACUAUUCUACGGGCAAGACCACCGGAGGAGCUACGGCCAGCGGCACUACCACCACUACAAACACCGGAAUAUAUGGAGCCAUGGCUGCACCGCCACCGCCACAGUGGCCGAGCCAUUCCAAUUUUAGGUCGUCGAUUAUUGUGGAAGAAGGAUCGGGAAGUCAUAGCGAAGAAGUGGUGGUCCGGUGUAGCUCGCCGGCGAUGUCUUCUUCUACUCGUAAUCAUUACGUCAAGAAAAAUUAAUUUGUUUUUACUCUCUCUACUGUUUUGGUUCAUUCUAUUAUACUAUUAUUUUGUUUUGUUGUCUACGAGUUAGAAUUUGAUACUGUGAUAAAAAAAAGAGUGAGUUUUGCACCGAGACCAAUACUAUU